CAGAGAAUCGCAGCGCUCGCUAGGCAGGAGGAAGUGCACUAGAAGCGUAAUCGCUUUAUUUUGGCGUACACGAACAUUCGUCACUUCGGAUAAAACGCACGCAAGAACCGACAGCAGAACGUAGGGGUUUUCUCGGGCGCGUGCAUCUCUCCAGAAGCAUUUGACAGCAUUUGGAGCUGUGGAGAAGCUGCUUCGCCGGAGUCGCGUGGGUUAAGGUGGGCCUUGCCCGGAUAUCUGUCCGACAAGCGAACCAAAACCGAUCCGGUAUCGUCAACGUUACCCAACUCAAGAUAACCAGCUAGUAGUAGUCCUCCAAGCACCACAUUUGGAGACCGUUUGGACUUGAGCGCACUCUAUCCAAAUGGAUAACCUAAGUGAAGCACUGAAGAAGCUAAAGCUCUCGUCGUCAGACAGUGCUACAGACAAUAUCGAAGGCUGCUUGGACUGUCUGCUCAAAGCUUUGGCCCACAAUAAUGUUGAGACUAGUGGAAAGAUCCAGGAGAUGGGUGUUCUUUCAGUAAUGCCCAGUCUGCUGUCUGCACAGAACUCCUCUACAGCUAAAGUAGCCAACAUUAUUGCAGAAAUGGCCAAAAAUGAAUUCAUGAGAAGCCCGUGUGUUGAAGCCGGGCUCAUUCCUCCGCUGGUUCAGCUGCUAAACUGUAAGGACCAGGAAAUAUUGCUCCAGACGGGCCGAGCCCUUGGCAACAUCUGCUACGACAGCCAUGAGGGCAGAAGUGCGGUUGAUGCAGCGGGCGGUGCUCAGAUAGUUGCAGAGCACGUUAAAGCUCUGGCCGAAAGCACUGACCCGGCCGCCGGGAAGCUCUUGACUGUCUUUUGUGGCAUGAUGAUGAACUAUAGCAAUGAUAAUGAUUCUCUGCAGGCACAGCUGAUCACUAUGGGUGUGAUCCCAACACUGGUCAAACUCCUGGGAGUUCAUUCCCAAAACACGGCGCUUACAGAGAUGUGUCUCAUCGCCUUUGGGAACCUGGCAGAGCUUGAGUCAAGCAAGGAGCAGUUCGCCUCGACGAAUAUCGCAGAGGAGCUGGUUCGGCUGUUUCGUAAACAAGUUGAACAUGACAAGAAGGAGAUGAUCUUUGAGGUUUUGGCUCCACUUGCUGAGAAUGAUGUGAUCAAGCUUCAGCUGGUUGAAGCUGGUUUGGUGGAGUGUCUUCUGGAGGUGGUCGAUCAGACCGUGGAUGGUGACAGAGAGGAGGAUGUUGCUCAGCUCAAGACAUCUUCUGACCUCAUGGUCCUUCUGCUGUUGGGAGAUGAAUCGAUGCAGAAGCUGUUCGAGGGAGGAAAAGGCAGCGUCUUUCAAAGGGUUCUUUCAUGGGUGCCCUCCAACAACCACCAGCUCCAGUUAGCUGGAGCCCUUGCCAUCGCUAACUUUGCUCGCAAUGAUGGAAACUGCAUUCACAUGGUAGACACCGGUAUUGUACAGAAGCUUCUGGAACUGCUCGACAGACAUGUGGAUGAGGGAAACGUCACGGUCCAGCACGCAGCUCUCAGCGCUCUGAGAAAUCUGGCUAUCCCAGUGGUCAACAAGUCGAAGAUGCUCUCGGCCGGUGUGUCAGAUGUUGUGCUGAAGUUUCUCAAGUCCGAAAUGCCUCCAGUUCAGUUCAAGCUGCUGGGAACGUUACGGAUGCUCAUCGACACACAGACUGACGCGGCAGAACAGCUGGGGACGAACCCAAAGCUGGUGGAGCGUUUGGUGGAGUGGUGUGAAGCUAAAGACCACGCAGGUGUGAUGGGAGAAUCUAACCGGCUGUUGUCCGCCCUCAUACGACACAGCAAGUCAAAGGACGUGGUCCGAACAGUCACACAAGGCGGAGGUGUUAAGCAUUUGGUAACCAUGGCAACAAGCGAACACAUGAUCAUGCAGAAUGAAGCUCUGGUGGCCUUGGGAGUCAUCGCAGCUCUUGACCUUGACUGCGCAGAAAAGGAUUUUGUUGGAUUCAAUGUGGUACAGGUUCUCCACAAACUGCUGACAGAUGAGCGCAGCGCACCAGAGAUCAAAUACAACUCUAUGAUUCUCAUCUGUUCUGUCAUGGGAUCAGAACCUCUUCAUAAAGAAGUGCAGGGCUUGGCCUUCAUCGACGUGGUCUCCGGUCUACGCUCGCAUGAGAACAAGACGGUGGCCCACCAGGCCUCACUCACAGAGCAGCGGCUAACAGCACAGAGCUAAAAGACUUUCACUCCAUCUCCAGCCUGUCUGCCUGCCUCCCAUCCGCACAAACACGCGUGCACACACAUACCAUCUCUCUUAUUGUCAUGUGCCAAGCUGUUGUCCACGCUGCAUUCCCUGCUCCAGGCCCUCGCCUCCACCCUCGCUCCAAACAGACGCAUUACCCAAGGGCGGCCGUACUUUAGAGACGACCUUCUGCAAUAGAUUCAUACCUGAACAGAACAUUUUUAAGACCAUAGCUGUGAUGAACAAAAACACGACGCUAUAAAUCAAGUAAAAAGUGAAAUGUUGGCUGUGAAAAUAGGGCAGUUGAGCUUGUAAGAUCUUACAUACCAACUAACUUGUGCAUGUUUUUUUUAACUGUCCGGUUAAUUGAUGUAUCUGUGUACCAUUCAAGCCAUGCCCAUAUGAUAACCGACUCCGCCUCCUCGCUUUAUAGUUUCCUUAUACGUUUAAGAAUAGAGAUCAAAAUGUGUUUGUACUGUAUAAGAGACCUCUGGACCGAAGGGGAUCCUUUCAUAUUUUGCCUCCAGGUCCUCAUCGUGAUUCAUAUCUAUGGAGUCACUUUGCCUGAAAAGAGCUAAUUCCAUAUCAUUAGACUGUUGUAUUUACAAAAAUAGAUCAUAGGGAUGUGUGAACUAGUAAUGUGUACCAAGGACCAAGGCUUACGUGUUUGGCCUUGCGUCCUCAGAAGCAAGAUUUUUAUAACUUUUUCUCCUAAGUGAAGUCAAUAGAAGUGACAUUAUUAAGACAGUUUAACUAACCUAAAACAAACAUUCCUGAUCGGGAAGUGACUAGCACGACUGCCAAUACUGUAUGUCUUUAGGUGGGCCGUCAUGGAUGGAUGCUGGGGGGCUGGAUACCACUUGGUGCCCCCUAAGGUCCUCUGUGGCCUUGCUGUUUUAUUGGGUCUGGACAGAAGAUAAAAAAAGAUUUGGCUGGGUCCUGUUAACUUUAGCAAUGUCUGGGUUUGCUAAACACAAGUGUGUUGCUGAUGUGUAAGGGCUGGCACGGGUUUUUGUGUGUACAUGUGUGUAUCUGAGACUUUGUGGGAACUAAAAUUCAGAUACCGGCUGUUACUCUGAGCGGAGUAUCUGAGUAAUAAUAGAAUAGAAUAAGAAUCCACUCUUUGUGAAUGUUUGACGCUGUGGUACAGCUUUCAUUUUGCAUGUCGAUCUGCCUUCCCACUUUGUCCAGUAUCUUAGAAACAUGCAUCUCCCUGCAUGUCUGAUACUGUGAACAUCACUGUUAUGUGCCCAUUUUAUGUCAUUUAAUACGUUCUUAUUAUAUUUGUACCCUUGAGGAACCACAUGGCAAUCCAGUAUAUCUAAAGUAAACAACCUUACGAAUAUAAACUGACGUUAUUGUUGUAAAUGUCAUUGACGAAUUGUACAUUUGAAAGAUUUAAAGUUAUUAAAACAAUUGCUGGUGACAAUU